ACCAUGACUCAACUAGAAUGGGGGUUACUGUUCCUGAGCCUCAUGGCCAUGGCUGAAGGGCUUCGGAAGGGGAAUGAUGUGCUCAAUGUCUGCAGGGGUGCUAAGCACCACAAGUUCCAGCCUGGCCAAGAAGAUAACCUUCAUAACCAGUGUAGCCCAUGGAAGAAAAGAGCCUGCUGCACAGCAAACACCAGCGUUGCCACACAUGAAGACACCUCCUACCUGUACUGCUUCAACUAUAACCACUGUGGGAUGAUGACCCCAGCCUGCAAACACCACUUUAUCCAGGACAUGUGUCUCUAUGAGUGCUCCCCGAACCUAGGACCCUGGAUCCAGCUGGUGACCUCAUGUCGUAGGAAGGAACAGAUCCUGAAUGUUCCCCUGUGCAGGGACGAUUGUAAUCAGUGGUGCCAAACCUCCUCCUGCAAAGAGAACUGGAACAAAGGUUGGAAUUGGACAUCAGGGAUUAACGAGUGCCCAGUUAAGGCUGCCUGCCACCCUUACACCUUUUACUUCCCAACACCAGCCUCCCUAUUUGAGAAUAUUUGGAGUCAUUCUUAUAAAGCAAGCUCUUUUGCCCGGGGCAGUGGCAAAUGUAUCCAGAUGUGGUUUGACCCAGCCCAGGGAAACCCCAAUGAAGCUGUGGCUAAAUACUAUGCUUUUGGCUCUGCCCCAGGCAUCUUCAGUUGGAAGACCAGUUUGCCCUUCUUGAUUUUGAUACUACUAUUGCUUCUCUGGGCUUAA